AUGCCACCGCAAACGAAAGGAACGACAUUCAGGGACAAUGAGGAGGAAGAAGAGUUGCAGAUUGAGGAGCCCGUUCCUAUGAGUCCACUUAUUUCUUUGCUGCACUUGCGCCACACAUACGCUUCACAGUACGUGGAUGAGUCCAAGCGAGAGGAGGCAAAGGCAAAAAUACUAAAAGAGGCAUAUGACCACAACAUGGCGCCCUAUCUCCGCUUCAUCUGUGAAUCUUUUGCCUGGUCGCUCGAAGAGUCGAAAAUGCAAGAAAUGGAUGCUGUCAAUGCAAAGAAGCUGGAAGAGUUGGACGCGCGCCUGAAGGAUGCGCAGGAGAAUCUUGGCGAUGUGGAGGUCCGCGAGAGUCUCCUCGCCAAGUGUGAACACUUUGCCCGCAUUGGCGACCUGCAGGAGUGCCUUAAUUUUAACAUGGAGUGCUCCGGCAAGACGCUGGCAGCAGGCCCGAAGUUGGAUCUAUGCUUUCAGCGUAUUCUGUUAGGCAUUGCCUUUUCUGAUAAUGAAAUUGCCGCCAAUGGUGUCCG